CUCUCUCUUCGAAAUAUUCGAAGCAGAGACAACCAAUGGAGACGCAAAGGAGAAUAAUCACAAGCUGUUCUUCCAUGGCGGCUCUUUUCUUGUUCAUGACGGCUCUAAUGGCGUCUUGUUCCUCUAUCGCAGCAUCACCGACACAAUCGUUUGAAGAUAAUUUCAACAUUAUGUGGUCUGAAAAUCACUUCACGACUUCCGAGGAUGGAGAGAUCUGGAAUCUUUCUUUAGACAACGAUACCGGAUGUGGAUUUCAGACAAAGCACAUGUAUAGAUUCGGAUGGUUCAGUAUGAAGCUAAAGCUCGUAGGUGGCGACUCCGCCGGCGUUGUCACCGCUUACUACAUGUGUUCGGAGAAUGGGGCAGGACCGGAGAGAGACGAGAUAGAUUUUGAAUUUCUAGGGAACCGAACCGGACAGCCUUACAUUAUUCAGACCAAUGUGUAUAAGAACGGAACCGGGAAUCGGGAGAUGCGACAUUCCCUCUGGUUCGAUCCGACCAAGGAUUAUCACACCUACUCACUUCUUUGGAAUAACCACCAGCUCGUGUUCUUCGUGGAUAGAGUACCGAUUCGAGUGUACAAAAACAGUGAUAAGGUACCAAACAACGACUUCUUCCCAAACCAGAAGCCGAUGUACUUGUUCUCUAGCAUUUGGAACGCUGACGACUGGGCAACACGUGGCGGUCUCGAGAAGACCGACUGGAAAAAAGCUCCGUUCGUCUCUUCUUACAAGGACUUCGCCGUCGAAGGCUGCCGUUGGAAGGAUCCAUUCCCUGCAUGCGUCUCCACCACAACAGAGAAUUGGUGGGAUCAGUACGACGCGUGGCAUUUGUCCAAGACACAGAAGAUGGAUUAUGCGUGGGUGCAGCGUAAUCUCGUCGUAUACGAUUAUUGCAAAGAUAACGAAAAUCAAAUCCUCAAUACAACAAGCCAAUGGCUCCAUUUCCCUCCGAAUCUGAACAAGUCAACUAUCGAAUUCUCCAUUCCAACGAUAAUCGCCGCCGUUCUCUCCUUCUUCGCCGCCUCAAUCUCCAGCGCCGGAGGAAUCGGCGGAGGUGGAAUCUUCCUCUCAAUAAUGACAAUAAUCGCCGGUCUCGAAAUGAAAACGGCGUCAAGCUUCUCAGCGUUCAUGGUAACCGGCGUCUCCAUCGCUAACGUGGGAUGCAAUCUUUUCGUGAGAAACCCUAAAUCAAGAGACAAAACCCUAAUCGACUUCGAUUUAGCUCUUACUCUUCAGCCAUGUCUGCUUCUUGGAGUUAGUAUUGGUGUGAUAUGUAACCGUAUGUUCCCAAAUUGGCUUGUGUUGUUUCUCUUUGCUGUGUUCCUCGCCUGGUCAACGAUGAAGACAUGUAAAAAGGGAGUUUCUUAUUGGAAUUUGGAGUCGGAAAGAGCAAAGAUUAGAAGUCGAAGAGACGAUGAUGGGAUCGAGGGAGCGAGAUCGCCGCUUCUGAGUGACGAAAGAGAAGAUGUGGGACAGGGAGGGAUGAUUAGGUUUCCAUGGAUGAAGCUUGGAGUUUUAGUGAUCAUUUGGUUAUUGUUCUUCGCCAUUAAUCUUUUUCGUGGAAACAAAUACGGGCAGGGAAUCAUAUCGAUCAAGCCAUGUGGAGGUCUCUACUGGUUCCUCUCGACGCUUCAAGUACCUCUCACAAUCUUCUUUACUCUCUGGAUUUACUUCAGUGACAAUGUUCAAAGCAACCACACAUCACAUAGUAACCAAGACUCUGAAAAGGAGAUUGGAGUUGGAGGAAGACAAAACAAGUUGAUGCUCCCUGUAAUGGCUCUGUUGGCUGGAGUUUUGGGUGGCCUCUUCGGUAUUGGCGGUGGAAUGCUCAUUAGUCCUCUUCUUCUCCAAAUCGGUAUUGCUCCCGAGGUAACUGCAGCUACAUGUUCUUUCAUGGUUUUGUUUUCUUCAUCAAUGUCUGCAAUCCAGUACCUAUUACUAGGCAUGGAACAUGCUGGAACCGCUGCUAUAUUUGCUCUGGUCUGCUUCGUGGCAUCCCUGGUCGGACUAAUGGUGGUUAAGAAGGUUAUAGCCAAGUAUGGGAGGGCUUCGAUCAUUGUGUUUGCAGUUGGUAUCGUCAUGGCACUUAGCACUAUACUGAUGACGACCCAUGGAGCUCUUAAUGUUUGGAAAGAUUUUGUCUCUGGUGGCUACAUGGGUUUCAAAUUUCCCUGUUAAGAACCAACAUUAAAUAAAACCAGUUCUCUACA